AUGCCGCCCACAGCGCCUAAGAAGCCUGAUGAGUUUGCCCAGCAGAAAUUGAUGGAUAUGAAAGCCACCACAUGGACACCACGGGUCAAUGCCCAUGUCCCAAAGAGCAGUGGUCCCACUGCUCCCAGUGUGCACACACCGCCUGUCACACAUGGUAUGAAUGCUGCCCAGAUGGCUCAGAUGGCACAAGAGCUUGCAGCCAUGGGGUGGAUAUGCACACAGCCGCCCCAGCCAGCUGCCAAGGCUGUGGAAACCCCGCCGCCCAAAGCAGAAGCAGCGAAGGCUGCACCGCCGCCACCCAAAGCAGCUGUGGAAGCACCCAUGGCAGCACCGCCCAAGGCUGUGGAAACACCAACGCCACCUGCCAAAGCAGCAGCUGUGGAAGCACCCAUGGCAGCACCGCCCAAGGCUGUGGAAACACCGCCAUCGCCCAAAGCAGCUGUGGAAGCACCCAAGGCUGUACCAGCACCGCCCAAAGCCCUGCAACCACCAGCGCCCAAAGCUGUGGAACCUGCACCCAGUGCUGUGCAACCGCCACCGCCCAACCACAUGAGCCCACCACCCAAAGUUUCUAUGGGACCGCCUCCGCCGCCCAUGCAGAUCAAACAAGAGCCGUUGACCCAGCAAGCAUUGCAGGCGCAUGCUCGCGCAAAUGGUUUGCAGAAGGAACAGGACAAGCAGUACACCAGGAGGGCAGCAGCCAACCUGAUCCAGCGACUACGUGAGAACCCAUCACGAACCCAGGGCAUGCCCGCUUUGGCACAGAUGGUGAACGAUGAAGGGAAGAAAUCAGACUUGAUUUCGUUGCUUGCUUAUGAGGAUGCCUCUGAAGGUGAGAUCAACCGCAAGAAAGCUUUGCGCUGGAGUAAGAAAGAAGUUGAAGAUCACUAUGGGGCCGAUGCUGAGAAGAUCAUGAAGUACAAAACCGAACAGGGCAUGAUUGAAGAUGAUGAAAAUUGCCCCGGUGGAGUGCUCUACCUGAUUUCUCGGAAGGAGGAUGAGAAUGAGAAAGGCCAAUGCAUUGCCACAGGCAAAAUGCAGGUGGAUGCCCACAAUGCAAGCGAUGUGAAUGCGUUGAUGACACGACCUGGUUCCAAAAAACGCGGCCAAGAAUCUUCGCCGAGCACACCUUCAGGUGACUCCUCAACGGCAUCAACCAUGCCUGGAACGCCCACCCCGGAUGCGGAACCAAAGAAGAAACCACGAAAGAAUCCAAAGGUGGAAGAGCCUCUCACGGCCAUUCAGAAGGGCCGUGAUAUGGCAAACAAGCUGCUGAAGAAGAAGUCUGAUGCAGCCAAUUUGGCUUUGAAGCUUUACCUCAAGGUCCAUGCUUUGGUGGCAAGUGGGAAGAAUGAGGAGGAGGACUACCUUCCUCUUGCCAAGGACAUGCUGGUUCUGAACAAGGCUUUUGAGAAGCCACAUGGUGUCGCCAAUGCAAUUUACCGACAAGUCAAUAAGCCGUCCGCAAAGUGUGUGGAUGACAUGGAUUCCAAUGGUGUGCGCAAUCUCGCUGAGAAGAUCGGUUCUGGAAAACUUUCAGUUGCAGCUGCUGCAGAUUGCGCUUCAGCAUUCCAGUGCGAUGAAUCGGUUAAGGUGAGCACUUCGCAGCUGGCAAGCUCCACCCAGCGUGAUUUCUUCCGAUGGUUGAGACUCCCUGUCCCCAUUACAACUGUCGAGCUUCCUGUGCUGUUGGAUGCGAGCCAAACCGUUUUGGCAGAAUGCUUGGGGUCUAGGUCCGAUUGGGGCGACUUGUGGCGUGCUCGUGGUUGUGGCGAAGUUGCAGAGAGCCAUGUGCCUAUAAUCGUGCACGAGGUCACCGAUGCCACACGGGCAGCAAUCUGCAAGCUCCUUGCUUGGGAUUUUGCUCAGCUGCAGACUGGUGCAUGGGACUUUGUUGAUCACACUGGAAAAUUUCACAAGAUCGGUUCUAUUCAAGAGAAGCGAUCAGGGGAACAAAUGCCCAUCAAGGGAGCAUUUUGCUUCUGGAAGGGUGACAUGGAAGCCCAUGUUUUAUCUCACAAAACUGCCAGAAACUAUCGGUGCAGUCUCUGCUGCGACCUUUGCCUGGCAGUGAAGAGUCCGAACAACCCUGUGAUGAACAUUGGAAAUUUGACAGUGGACGCGGCAUGGAAGCGCACAAUUUCAUUUGUUGAUCCUUCAGACCCUUCACCAUGGAUGAACGUGCCUGGCUUCACCAACAAAAAAUGCAGACUGCUGGACAUUUUACAUAUCGUGCAUCUUGGAACCCUCCGAGACCUCAUUCCCGCUUGCCUCAUUGACGCCCUGGAUGAUGGCACGUUGGCCCAAAUUUAUGGGAUGCAAGGUCAAAGUGAAGAUUUGAUUUUGUACCGCAUGAGUCAACAUGCGCACAGAUGGGCGAAGGACAACAACAUGGACUUGUAUGUGGGAACGUUGAACCUCCGCAGACUGGGACGGCCAAACCAACGUCACUGGCCAUUUCCCGUGCUUGAUUCAAUAAUCAAAGCAGCACGGACAAGGACUUUGUUUGCGUUUGUCACGUGGCUUGUGUCCAGGUUGGCAACAUACCCGUGUGCAACCCAAGAACAACAACUGAAUGCAAAAGUUCGGGCAGUUUGUUGCUGGACACUUGAUACUGCGCUGAGUAUAUUCAACAUGAACAAAAAGAUCAAAAUGAGAGUGCAAGUGGUGCGGCAGACAACAUGGCUGUGCAGGUUGCAUUCAGCGUGCCACCAGUGGCUUGGGUCACGUUGCAUUGCACAGAGGCGUCUUUUGUACAAAGUGCGUCCCAAGACGCAUUACUUUACACACAUGGUUGACCACCAUGAAGAGACAUGUUUGUGUCUCUUGCACCUGUCAACUUUUGGUGAUGAGGACUUCAUGGGUAAAAUUCGGAAAGUAGCCCAGAGCUGUCAUGGCAAGACAUACAUGCAUGCCUGGGCAAGACGGUACGUGCUCAAACGAGCACUGCAAUGGUCAGAGAUGAAGAAGGAAAAUGUGUUCAUGGUUGUGGUAGUGCAUGGGUGA